AUGGCAGAUGAUUUCAUAACAUUUGAAGUUAUCAGUCUAGUAAAAAUCUUUAUUGAAUUAAAUCAAAUAAAAACAAAAAUAGUGGUUAAUGUUGUUAAUUCUUUAUAUACUGAUUGUAUUUUGGAAAUGGGUUAUAUUAACAAAUAUCAGGUUAAUCUUAAUAAUAAACAGGAACAAGUUCAAGUUUAUAUAUCUACUGAUUACAUCAUGUUACCAAUGGAAGCUCAAGUUGAUAAUAUUAGAAUAGUAUGUCGUUUAGCAAACUUCUUAUAUUUAAAUCCAUAUCAAGAAAGACAAAUUAAAAACCUUUCACAAGUAUCUUCUGGAAAAAUAUUAUAUUCCAACAGUAAGUCAGGCAUUAAACUACUUCAAGAACAAAUUGAUAAAGCUUUAACUAUUCCACAACCCACUUCAUUAAAUCAAACUAAUACUUUUAUUAGUGCUGUUGGCUUGUAUCAAAAGUUUAUUAAAGAUUAUGCAAAAAUACCUACACCAAUAUUAAAAAUGGCCAACAAUUGA